UAGUCCAUUUGAACCAAACCUAUUUUCUAGGGAUCCUCCCCUGUCCAGCCACCGCCGCCACUCCUCCUGUCUCGUCUUCCUCGGGAUCCUCCCAGAUCCCCUUCUCACCCAACCAGCGCUCGAGGCAUCCCCUCGAUCCACCCGAUCCAGCCACCAAUCCAACCCAUCCACCACCUCGCCCUGCCUCCUCCUCGACCUCAUCGCAAGCAGCAGCGCCCGAGCGCUCCUCCACCUCGCGACCUCGUCGUCGGCGACCCGUGGACCAGGCCGCCCCCGUGACCCUGCCCUUUCUAUUCCUCCCUUCUUCUUCCUGUGCCUCACAUCUCUCUGUUCCCUCUCGCUCUCUCUCCCACAGGAGCCCAUGGCGGAAGAGCCCCGCGUCAUCCGAGUCAAGCCGCCGGCGGGCCUCCAGCUCCUCCCGAGCAAGGGCCUCGCGCUCCUAGAGCCCCUGCAUCCUCUUGUUCCAGAAGGAGACGAGCCUUCCCAAGUUUCUCCUCGACUCCUCUGCCUCACCAGACCAAGCCGCCUCCUGCAUCGCGUCGCCGACCUCCUCUCCAGCAAGGAGCCACCUCCGCCGCCCUUGCCCAUUCUGGCCGGAUCCCGCCGCCUGGGCCCCGUCCCCGGCCACCGGUGCCCUCGCCGGAGACCAUCUGCGCCGCCCGUCAAGUCUAGCGCCUCUGCUUCGCUCGCCUGAGCCAGCGCCUCGUCCCGCCUGCUGCUGCUUCUGUUCUUCAGAAGCGAACAGCUCGCCCGCUCACCCCGUUGACCGCAGU